AUGGAUAAAGAAGUUACAAAUAUUGUCCUCAAAAGACACGAUUCAAUUGUAAAAGGAGCGCAAGACGAUAGAGAAUAUCGUGGUCUCGAACUAACAAAUGGAAUUCGUGUCCUUCUGGUUUCUGAUCCAACAACUGACAAAUCUGCAGCAGCGUUGGAUGUGAAAGUUGGACAUCUUAUGGAUCCUUGGGAGCUUCCAGGACUCGCUCACUUUUGCGAACAUAUGCUUUUCUUAGGAACUGCCAAAUACCCAACUGAAAACGAAUAUUCUAAAUUCCUAACAGAUAACGCUGGUCACCGCAAUGCAGUGACUGCAUCAGAUCAUACCAACUAUCAUUUUGAUGUAAAACCUGAUCAACUUCGUGGAGCUCUGGAUCGAUUUGUUCAGUUCUUUCUGUCUCCACAGUUCACUGAAAGUGCCACGGAGAGAGAAGUUUGCGCCGUUGACUCUGAACAUUCAAAUAAUCUAAACAACGAUCUUUGGAGACUCUCUCAAGUAGACCGUUCACUCUCCAAACCUGGACACGAUUAUGCAAAGUUUGGCACUGGAAACAAGAAAACUCUGUUGGAAGAAGCCCGUAAGAAAGGCGUCGAGCCCCGCGAUGCUCUUCUUCAAUUCUACAAGAAAUGGUAUAGUUCUAAUAUAAUGACGUGCUGCAUUAUUGGAAAAGAAUCGCUUGAUGUUCUUCAGUCACAUUUGAAAACGCUAGAAUUUGAUACGAUCGAGAAUAAGAAGGUAGAGCGGAAAGUUUGGAAUGAGAACCCAUAUGGACCUGAGCAACUCGGCAAGAGAAUCGAUGUAGUUCCCAUCAAAAACACGAGAAUCAUUUCGAUAAGUUUUCCACUCCCUGAUCUGAACAGCGAAUACUUCUCUCAACCAGGAAAAUACAUCUGUAAUUGCUUAUUUCAGUUUCAAAAACUAUUUUAUAGCGAAAGUUUUUUGCACACCUGAUUAGACACAAGGGACCUGGAUCUUUACUCGUCGAGCUCAAACGUCUUGGAUGGGUGAACUCGUUGAAGUCGGACAGCAACACAAUAGCGGCUGGUUUUGGUAUUUUGAAUGUAACCAUGGAUUUGAGUACUGGAGGACUUGAAAACGUCGAUGAGAUAAUACAACUGAUGCUCAAUUACAUCGGAAUGUUAAAAUCCUUUGGCCCUCAGCAAUGGAUUCAUGAUGAAUUAGCAGACCUCAGUGAUGUUAAGUUUCGGUUCAAGGACAAGGAACAGCCAAUGAAAAUGGCGAUCAAUAUAGCUGCAAGUCUUCAAUACAUUCCAAUUGAGCACAUCCUGUCUUCUCGUUAUCUUCUUACCAAAUACGAGCCCGAGCGUAUCAAGGAACUCCUCAGCACGCUCACUCCUUCCAAUAUGCUUGUUCGUGUAGUUUCUCAAAAGUUCAAAGAACAAGAAGGAAAUACAAAUGAGCCAGUUUAUGGAACUGAAAUGAAAGUAACUGAUAUCAGUCCAGAAAAAAUGAAAAAGUAUGAGAAUGCUCUGAAAACCAGUCAUCAUGCACUUCAUCUGCCGGAAAAGAACGAAUACAUUGCUACAAACUUUGGCCAGAAACCACGUGAAUCUGUGAAAAAUGAACAUCCUAAACUGAUCAGUGAUGAUGGGUGGAGCCGAGUUUGGUUUAAGCAGGAUGACGAGUACAAUAUGCCAAAACAAGAGACAAAAUUUGCUUUGACAACUCCAAUUGUUUCUCAAAAUCCAAGAAUAUCAUUGAUUUCUAGUCUUUGGUUGUGGUGUUUCUGUGAUAUUCUAUCCGAAGAAACUUAUAAUGCUGCCUUGGCCGGUUUGGGAUGUCAGUUUGAGUUGAGCCCUUUUGGUGUACAAAAGCAGAGCACAGAUGGCCGAGAAGCUGAACGGCAUGCAUCACUCACUUUACAUGUGUAUGGAUACGAUGAGAAACAACCACUGUUUGUGAAGCAUCUGACAAGCUGUAUGAUCAACUUCAAAAUUGAUAGGACUCGAUUCGAAGUUUUGUUUGAAUCUCUCAAGAGAACUUUAACAAAUCACGCUUUUUCUCAACCCUACCUGCUCACUCAACACUACAAUCAGCUUCUCAUCGUCGAUAAAGUUUGGAGCAAAGAGCAACUUCUUGCUGUCUGUGAUAGUGUCACAUUGGAGAAUGUUCAAGGAUUUGCAAGAGAAAUGCUUCAAGCAUUCCAUAUGGAACUCUUUGUCCAUGGAAAUUCUACUGAAAAGGAAGCAAUUCAAUUGUCAAAAGAAUUGAUGGAUAUUCUCAAAUCAGCUGCACCGAAUUCUCGCCCACUGUAUCGUAAUGAGCACAAUCCACGUCGCGAGUUCCAACUGAACAAUGGGGAUGAAUACAUCUACAGACAUCUUCAAAAGACUCAUGAUGCCGGAUGCGUUGAAGUGACUUAUCAAAUUGGUGUUCAGAAUAAGUACGACAAUGCUGUUGUUGGAUUGAUCGAUCAACUCAUCAAAGAACCAGUUUUUGAUACUCUGAGAACUAAUGAAGCCCUUGGAUAUAUUGUUUGGACGGGAUGUCGUUUUAAUUGCGGAGCUGUUGCACUCAACAUUUUUGUACAAGGACCAAAAAGCGUUGACUACGUUCUUGAGCGCAUUGAAGUAUUUUUGGAGUCUGUCCGCAAAGAAAUAAUUGAGAUGCCACAAGAUGAAUUUGAGAAAAAAGUGGCCGGAAUGAUUGCUCGACUCGAAGAAAAACCGAAAACUUUAAGCAAUAGAUUUAAAAGAUUUUGGUAUCAGAUUGAGUGCCGGCAGUACGAUUUUGCCCGCAGAGAGAAAGAAGUUAAAGUUCUGAAAUCAAUUGGAAAAGAUGACGUCAUUGCACUCUUUGAUAAAAAAAUUCGUAAAAAUGCUGUCGAACGGCGCAAGCUUGUUGUCCUUGUCCACGGAAAAAUUGAUGACCAAGAAACUUUGAAUCGUAUUAUAAAGAAAAACGUAGAAUCUGGAAAGAAAGAAAAAGAAAUUCUCAAUCUGGAUCAACUCCGACAAUCUCUACCAGUUUAUGAUCUACCAAACGCAGCUAUCGACUUGAAGCCAAUUGGUGUCGAUCCACUGGAACAAAAGGAAAGUGCGACAGUGCAGUAA